GGAACGCAUUUUAGGACAUCAUGCGUCUACUUACGUUUGCGUCAUGCGUCGUCCUAUGCCUUCUCCGUUGCGCAUCGCUUGCCUUUGAAGUCACGGAUCAUCCAAAUGUGCAGUCGCACCUCCGCUCUGUAGCCUCCCUCCUCAGACGUCGCUCAUCAACGCUCCGCCCUCAGACUUCCUCCUUGAGCUGUCAGACGUCGUCCAUCAGGAAUCAGUCGUCCUCCAUCAGGCAUCCUCCAUCUGGCAUCAGGAAUCCUACAUCAGGCGUCCUCCAUCAGGAAUCCUUCAUCAGGCGUCCUCCAUCAGGAAUCCUCCAUCAGGCAUCAGGCGUCAGGAAUCCUCCAUCAGGCGUCAGGAAUCCACCAUCAGGCGUCAGGAUCAGGCAUCAGGCGUCAGCAUCAGGCGUCAGGAUCAGGUAUCAGGCGUCAGGAUCAGGCAUCAGGCGACUCUCUGUCCUGGGCUGCUGUAUUCAUUUUUUUUUUUACUUCCGGUUUUACAUUUGGCGCAUUUUUUCCCCAGCCAAUAGGAGUCUUAGGUUUCGACCAAUUAAAUUAAAGCUGCCACUUGUAGGCGUCGCCAUUUCGUCCCACAGACAUUGUUUGGCAAGGCACGCUGUCUGGCUCCGUUCAUCUACCCCCCCGCAUGAUUUGUGCUGGUCUCUACGUCUAGGAGAGGAAGUUUGCUGCUAUCAAUAAAACCAGUAAGUUAUAGAGUACGGAAACCAUUUAAGUACAGCCUCAGCUGUGCGCUUUUCUAAGUUACCGUAAUGCGGCCGCGUCUCUCGCUCACAUAUCCAAAAAAGCUGUAGUCACACCUUCGUCCUGGCCACACAUAAUGCUCCAAUUUAACUCCUCCUGUUGCGUAAGUCAGCCUUCACAUCUAAGCUUUCCUAAUUUGAUUUCCUCCACUCCCUCUCAGCCCUCCUCCCUUAUCCCCUCGCCUCUUGUACAAUACAUAUCUCCGCCUUCUGCCCCCCUCCAUUUGUCAGGCUUGCCAUUUUAGUUUUCAGCUUUCAUCUAAGCUAUAUUUUUGUCUUGUGCCCUCCUUUCUUAUUGGUCGUGUUCCCUAUAUUUACGAUACUUAUUUUCAUACGCGAUACACAUAAUUCACUUUUUUUUUUUUUAGGGUGGUGCCAAAUGUAAUAUCCAAUAGCAAUUCAAUAAUGAGUUUUUCAACCAAUAAAAUUUAAGUAUUGUUUUUACGAGUUUUAAAGUAACCUCAGAUGGUAAAUGCAGGCCUGCCACCAUGGGCGACCGUUGUCCACGGCCUGGCAAAAUUUAGCUUUAAAGGAGGGUUCUGCUGUGAUGCGCAUUCCGGACUAGCUGGGCC